AGAAGGAAGAAGCAGAAAGGAACAGGAAGUGGGACUGUGAGAGGAGUUCCACCCAGCGUACAACCAUGCCUCGGAAAACUAAUGCGGCCAAGACGGAGGAUGUUGGGAUAGAGAUUGACGCGGACAUGACUGACAGCGAGGAUGACACCAGUCGAAAGAGAGGGAACAGACGGCCGGCGGCCGGGAGGAGGCGGGGCAAGAAGCCAGCCAGCGAGGACGACGAGGAUGAAGACGAGGAAGAAGACAAGACUCCCAGGAACCGCAGGGCAGCCAAUAAGAAGAAGCCGGCCAAGUCACGUGACACCGACGACGAGAGCGAGGACGAAGCCCCCAAAAAGAGGAGGGGGGGCGGGGGGGCAGCCAAUAAGAAGAAAGGAAAAGGGGGCAAGGUCCCGGAUAGCGAGGAGGACAGCGAGGAGGAACAAGGGAACAAGAGAAGGAAGGGAGGAGGAGGAAAGAAGCAGAAAGAGGAGGACAAGAAAGGAGAGGGGAAGGACAAAGGAAAGGACAAAGGGAAGGACAAAGACGAUGACAAGGACAAGAAGAAGAAGAAGAAGAAAGACAGCAGCUCCUCGGACUCCAAAUCAGACGAGGACGAGGAGGAGGAGUCCAUGUCGGAGGGAGAGAUGGCUCGGCUGAUGGAGGAAGUGGAGGAGAAGAAGAAGCUGAUCACCAUCAUGAGGACCAAGCCCUGGAGGAUGCACCGCAGGCUCAAACACCUCAAGGAAGCCCAGCAGUUUGUGGACAAGUUUGAAGGCGCGUUGGGGAAGGGGAAAGGGAGGAAGUGGUACGCCUACAAGGUCAUGAUGAUGAAGAAAUGGAUCAAGUUCCAAAGAGAUUUCGAGAACUUCAGAACCACCUGCAUACCUUGGGAACGGAAGAUCAAAGAGGUGGAGAGUCACUUUGGGUCUUCGGUGGCGUCUUACUUCAUCUUCCUGCGGUGGAUGUACGGAAUGAACCUGGUCCUCUUCGGCUUCACGUUCGGCCUUGUGGUGAUCCCUGAGGUUCUGAUGGGGCUGCCGUACGGGUCCAUCCCCAGGAAGACGGUGCCGAGGGCAGAUCAGGCCACCGCCCAGGACUACGCCGUCCUCACAGACUUCAACGGAUACUGCAAAUACUCUGUGCUGUUCUACGGUUACUAUAACGACCAGAGGACCAUCGGCUUGCUGAAAUUCCGUCUGCCCCUGUCCUACCUCAUGGUGGGGGUUGGCACCUUCGGCUACAGCCUGAUGGUGGUCAUCCGCACGAUGGCGAAGAACUCUGAUGUCGGGGGUGGUGAUGGAGACGAGUCAGAGUUCACGUUUGCGUGGAAGAUGUUCACCAGCUGGGAUUACCUCAUCGGGAACUCAGAGACCGCCGACAACAAAUACGCCUCCAUCACCACGAGCUUCAAGGAGUCCAUCGUGGACGAGCAAGAGAACCAGAAAGAUGAGAACAUUCAUUUGAGGAGGUUCCUGCGCGUCCUGGCUAACUUCAUGAUCAUCUGCUGCCUUGGAGGGAGCGGGUAUCUCAUCUUUUUCGUGGUGAAGAGGUCACAAGAAUUCGCCAACAGGGACGACCUGAGCUGGUACGAGAAGAAUGAGCUGGAGCUCAUCAUGUCCCUUCUGGGCCUGGUCUGUCCCCCACUGUUUGAGACCAUCGCAGAGCUGGAGGAGUACCACCCCAGGAUCGCCCUCAAGUGGCAGCUGGGCCGCAUCUUCGCCCUCUUCCUGGGGAACCUCUACACCUUCCUGUUCGCCCUGUUCGACGAGGUCAACAACAAGCUGGAGCAGGAGAAAGCCCUCAGAAACGCGUCUAUCUGGGCGCAGAAGGAGUACUACGCCAACUUCACCCUCUACAACAACGACUCAGAGGCCACCGCCCCUCCCAUCGACCCCGGUGAUGUCAUCAGAGGACCCUGCUGGGAGACCGCCGUCGGCAUAGAGUUUGUCAAGCUGACCGUGUCAGAUAUCCAGGUGACCUACCUCACCAUCCUGAUCGGGGACUUUGCCAGGGCUGUCAUCGUCAGGUUCCUGAACUACUGCUGGUGCUGGGAUCUGGAGUCGGGAUUUCCCUCGUAUGGGGAGUUUGACAUCAGUGGCAACGUGCUCGGCCUGGUCUUCAACCAGGGCAUGAUCUGGAUGGGGGCGUUCUACGCUCCGGGGCUGGUGGGCAUCAACGUGCUGCGCCUGCUCACCUCCAUGUACUACCAGUGCUGGGCCGUCAUGAGCACCAAUGUACCCCACGAGAGGGUCUUCAAGGCCUCCAAGUCCAACAACUUCUACAUGGGUCUCCUGCUGCUCAUCCUGUUCCUCAGCCUGCUGCCUGUGGUCUACACCAUCAUGACCCUGCCCCCCUCCUUCGACUGUGGGCCCUUCAGUGGGAAGGCCAAAAUGUUUGACGUGAUCAUGGAGACUAUAGACCUGGACCUUCCUGCCUUCAUGGGAACCCUCUUCAGCUACGCGGCCAACCCGGGCCUCAUCAUACCUGCUGUGCUUCUGAUGGUACUGGCCAUCUAUUACCUGAACUCAGUGUCUGAGGCCUACCAGAACGCCAACAAUGAGCUCAAGAAGAAGAUGCAGAUGCAAAGAGAUGAGGAGAAGAACAGGAGGAACAACACAGACAGCACCAACCAGGUAAUGAAGGACCUGGAGGACCUGCUGCCGAACCGUUCCCUGGCCCCCCCGCCGCCCCCACAGAACAGCACAGACAACCACCCAGCUCCAGGAGGGAAGGCAGCGAAGGUGAAGCCUGGAGCGGCUGGUGUCAGCCUGCAGAAGGACGUGUCCCUGGCGUCCCCUAACCCCAGAGGACCGGUCAACCGGCCCCCAGGACCGCGGGGGCCCGGGCCCCUUCCUGGGAACCCCCAGGGGCCGGGGCCAGGCCGGGGCAGGGGACAGCCUCCUCCACGAUAG